UACCAAGUGCGCUGCACUGUGUCGAUAGUAAACUGGAACUGCUCGAGCCUGAUGACGAACUGAAAAGGCUCAAUUAACGAUGAAAAUAUUUAAGCUCGUAUUAUCAUGGAUUAUAGCCACUGUUUGCACCCAGCAUAUUAAAGCAGAUUUUUUAAAUGGGAGUAUGGUUGCUGCCCUGAGAAGAGUAGAUGGCAGUGGACAGGAUGCAAAUUAUAAGCUCAAUGAUGUCAGUAAGGAUGGUUUCAAGGUAACAACUGGCAACUCAUCUCUGGAUGAGACAAAUGCUGAUCUGCUGGCUUUGCUGCAGAACAAGAGUAUGAUGAACCUAACUCAACCUCUGAGCCCAAAUAUUGCCUCAAAACCUGACAGUCCUUCUCUCCCCAAGUUCUCCUGUCAUGCUUGUGAUCCGCCAGACUGUCGCAAUGAAAAAAUUUGCUAUAGUGCCAUCAAGUGCUUCAAAUCUCGGACUGGAGGCAAGACUGAUAGUGCGUCAGUGUCUCGGGGAUGCAUCGGCGAGACGCGUCAUGUGCCGCUCUUCUGCUCCUCUGCCUUCAGUCCUUCACAAACCCAGGAGAAUGCCAUCAAUGCGGCCUACGUGGUGCAGUGUUGUGAGGGCGAGCUAUGCAAUGAUGGCGACUUUCCCUCUCUGCCACAUAAUAUUGUGACUGCAGAUGUCUGGUCUGAGAAUGGCCUCGUGAACGCGGUGGUGGUGACGGUGAUGGUGGUGUCAUGUGUGCUGAUCAGCUGUGCCGUGGCCGGGGCUGCGCGCCUCUUGUGGCAGCGCAUCAAGCGGCGUUAUCCCAAGGGCCUUCUUGUCACCUCCGUGACAGCUAACGUACUCGACAGUGGCUCCUCAGUCAACGGUGGUACUUCAGGCAGUGGAGGCUUGGUGCUGCCUAUGCAAUACAGGAAGGGGCCAGCUCCUACCGGCGACGCCUCCCUCAAGGACUUGCUGCAAGAAGCCAGCAUGACAUCAGGAUCUGGCUCAGGUCUUCCUCUGUUUGUUCAGCGGACGCUCGCCAAGCAGAUUUGUUUGUCUGAAAUUGUUGGCAAGGGCCGCUACGGGGAGGUGUGGCGAGGCGUGUGGCAGGGCGAGAGCGUCGCUGUCAAAAUAUUCUUCUCCCGGGACGAACUUUCGUGGGACAGAGAAACUGAGGUCUACAGCACGGUGUUGUUACGUCACGAGAACGUGCUCGGCUACUACGGUUCAGACGUGACGUCUGUAGGCUCAUGCACGCAGCUGUGGUUGGUCACACACUACCACCCGCUGGGGUCGCUCUUCGACCAGCUGAGCACUGGACCGCCCCUCACGCACGCUGCCAUGAUCAACAUUGUGCUCUCCACCGUCAACGGCAUCAACCAUCUCCACACGGAGAUAUUCGGCACCCAGGGCAAGCCUGCCAUCGCUCACAGGGACAUCAAGUCUAAAAAUAUACUUGUCAAGAAUGACGGAACUUGCUGCAUUGCCGACUUCGGCCUGGCGGUGCUGCAUUCACAAGCCGCGAACGAGAUCAACAUCGGCGACAACCACCGCGUCGGCACCAAGAGAUACAUGAGCCCUGAAGUAUUAACUGAGAGGUGCGUGAGAUACACGAGUCCUGAAGUAUUAACUGAGAGGUGCGUGAGAUACACGAGUCCUGAAGUAUUAACUGAGAGCUUCGACCCGAGUCAGUUUGAGAGUUUCCGGCGCGCCGACAUGUAUGCGCUCGGCCUCGUCCUGUGGGAAGUGUUGCUCCGAUGCCUGAGCAACGGGCGAGCGGAAGUUUAUUAUCCGCCAUACGGCGACCUGGCGCCGCACGAUCCUUCGUUCGAGGAGAUGAUCGAAAUUGUCGUGACAGAGCAGCGGAGACCAGAGCUGCCCCCACGCUGGGCUGCUGAUCAGCUCGUGUGGGGCGUGGCUGACGUAGCCCGCGAGUGCUGGCACGCCAACGCGUCUGUUCGUCUCAGCGCCCUCAGGGUCAAGAAGACGAUCUUGAAGCUGGCAGAGCGCCACCACAGCCUGCCUCACGCCUCACUCCUGUCUGACUGAGCCAGUCUCACGCCUCACUCCUGUCGGACUGAGCCAGCCUCACACCUCACUCCUGUCUGACUGAGCCAGCCUCACGCCUCACUCCUGUCUGACUGAGCCAGCCUCACUCCUGUCUGACUGAACUCUUCGCUAGCUCAGCUCACCAUUUCUCUAUUUACAAUUUUCAAACAAACUUCUCGUGCCGCCUGGUCGACUCUGAUUGUCUGAUGCGAAACAAAUUAUCAACUAUAUGAUCUGCCAAGUUUUAUCAUAGUCUUCAUUCUUCUAAUAUCAUCUUUUUCAACAGAUUUAAUUUUUUUAUUUCUUUUUGAUUGGAUUUGAAUUGAGAACUCAAAAUGAUUUGUGCAAUUUGUCCUUUUGACAGAAAUCUUGAAAGAAAUACAACGAAAAGCUACGUAGUAAACUUGUAUUUGUGAACAAUGAUUGCAUGUUCGAAGUUGUUUCUAUUCCUAUUUCACAAUCUCGUAGAUGUCCAAAAUCAACUCUUUCAUUCUAAGCUAUAUUUUUGGUUGAGGAUGCGCUGGUGUUACAAAUGUGUCACUGCACAAGGGUGUUGUCGUUCAAACCCAUCUCCAUCAUUAUCAUUUGCUGAUCACAUUUUAUUUUAACGUUAUUGCGAAUAAGGGUCAAGCCUGCCAGUAAAUUGGCUUGGUAGCUACCCGAAUAAUGUAUGCAUAAAUUCCCUGAAUAAUGUAUGCAUAAAUUUCUUGAAUAAUGUAUGCAUAAAUUCCCUGAAUAAUGUAUGCAUAAAUUUCCUGAAUAAUGUAUGCAUAAAUUUCCUGAAUAAUGUAUGCAUAAAUUUACUGAAUAAUGUGUGCACAAAUUUCAAACUCUUUGUCUCUCGACUGAUCAAAUCCAUAUCAGAGCAAUUAAAACAUAUUGAAUAGUUUUAUGUCUUGAAUCCAAGAAUACCGUACCUAUCAUUUCAUGUCAUAAUUUUAUUUGGUGCUUAUCUAUUAAUGUAUUAAGAAUGUUCUUAUAUUUCUAAUAGCUUGCUUAAUUGUGUUCUUGCGUGCGUGUGGCUAAUAUGUGAAUGUGUUCAUCACCUGAGUGUGCACGCUUGCCCUCAUUAAAUGAAACAAUUAAAGAGCUAUUGAUUAGAUUUAACUUGUUCUUCAAAGUUCCACUCAAUCCUGUAAUCGUCCUCUCCAGCUUGGCGAUGUUGUGAUUAAUAAUUCGUUACAAUAUCGAUCUAUAAUUCAGAUUAGAACCAACAUUCAUUUUCUCUCGAUUAUUUCAAUUUAGUUGCGCUACGCUGCCAAUUUAAUAAUGUAUUUUCCUAUAUUUUGUAUGUGCGAGAUGGCUGUUCCUCUUAAUUUGUAACAAUACCUAACAACUUGUUUAUGUAUCUUCAUGUGUGGUGGCAUCAGAACUUCCGUGUUGUCUUUGGUUGUGUACGCGUCUGACGGGAGCGCGAGAACGGCCCAGUGUGUGUCAUUGUUCGUUUGUGUCGGGAAUGUUUAGCCAUCAAGUGCCUUUUGAACGUCCAAGACGUUAGAUUAGAUUCAACGUUUGCCGCCCAAUGUCAUUUUUAUCUUUAACUGCGUAUUAUAUUUUUUAUCUUUUACAUUUAAUGCCCGACAUUCUCGUGACGAACUCUAUUUUUUAAUUGUAGAACAUACUUGCAGCGAUUAUUGUAAAAGGAUUUUGAUUUUUUUUU